AUGCAAACUGCGCUGACCAAUUUGAGUCAUUAUGUCUUUGAUUGUCCGCUGAAAAUGAAAGAAAGAGAUCAGGAGGCCCUAAAAAUCCAGCUGGAAAGGCUGAUUAGGACAAAAAUCAUCCACGAGACGAGUCUGAUGAGCAAUUCUGCGAGGCCCUGCAAACAUAAUUGUGACCUCCAAAGCAUUGCAAGUUCUCUAAAAACAUACGAAUGUUCAAAAUAUCUCGAUUGUCGGUAUAUUUCCUCUGGAUAUGAUGUUUGUUUAUUGAAUAACAGUUCAAGAUCUUACGAAUGGAUAAAAGAUAACGAGGGAAAUAUCUACGGUAAGAGUCAACAGAGUAGAGCGCACAAUGUAUGUCAAGGGAAUACUGUGACCUUAAAUAGAGAGUACACAUGGUACAAUGGGGUCGUAGUUGGAGUCAAGUUCGUGAAGAAAGACUUGAUGAUCCACGCGCAGAUCAAAGAAGGACAACUUCUACCUUAUGGAGGAAUUAAUUCAACAAAAUGGAAGGAUCUCGAGGCUUUUGACUACUCUGAAGAAAAUAGCCGCUUUUAUUUGGUCAAUCCCUCCGCAGAUUCUAAAGAACGGGUGAUGACACCUGGAAGAGACUAUGGACCUGCUGAGAAGAUAAAUUUAGAGGACCUGGUGGCGCCACCAGGGUACUUGGUCACCGGAGUGAGGUUCAGGUUUGCCUGGGACUCAGGUGUCCGGCCCUUUCGUAAGCACGGGACCACUCAGCUGGAGAUCCAAGCAACAAAGUUUGAUUUUGUAGAAAGAAAACUUCUUGAAAAAUCAUUCUGGGUUCCCCCGAGUUUACUGACAAAGAAAUAUUUGGAGCUGGAGAAUCCAGAUGAUCCUAACAAGGCUCCCGAAGAGCUCCAGGAAGUCACUCCAGGAAAAACAGUCGAGUUUCAAGCUUCAGACUUCGAAAAAGACGCUGGGCACUCGACAGUGCCCUUCUUUGACGGCAGAGACGUGGAAUUUUCACCUCCAGUUCCCUUCCAGGGCCUGGGCCUCUUUCACCGUGGACACAAAGGCUAUGGAGGAUACCUCGCCUUUCGUGCGGUCGAUCUUAAUAUGUUUACUUUUUUUUUUUCUGAAUAUUAA